ACUUGAACAUGACGAUGAUAAGAAGUCUAAUAAGAUUUGGUAGAAGAAAGCUUCACACAAUUGUCUCAACAGAAAUCAUCAAACCUUCUUUUCCCACCCCUUCUCACCUUAAAACUUACAAUCUUUCGCCGGCUGAUCAAUUUGUUCCAGGUUCGUUUAUGCCGCUUAUCACAUUCUAUCCGAAGAAGAUCGACACUUAUCAUAGUCCCCAUGAUCAAAUUCUUGACCUCAAGAACUCUUUAUCUCAAACACUAACAAAAUAUUACCCUUUAGCGGGCAGGCAUGCCAGAAUCGCCCCAACCUAUGUCGAUUGCAACGAUCAUGGAGCUGCAUUUGUUGAAGCAUCAGUCGACAGUACGCUGUCACACUUCCUCCAAAACUCGCAGCAUGAAGAUCUUGAUCAGUUAUUUCCAUAUGGUAGAGUAUGGAGACACCCAAACCCUAGAGCUGAUCAUGAUCUUCAAACUGACACUGUGACACCACUAAUGGUUAAAGCCAGCCAUUUUGAAUGUGGAGGGUUAUCAGUGGCAGUGUCCUUAUCCCACAAGAUCGCAGAUGCUUGUAGUAUGAUUAAUUUCUUUAACGAUUGGGCUGAACUGAAUCAAGUUUGUUCGAAAAUUGAGAAAUGUGAAGCUCUUAUCGAACCAGAAUUUAUUUCUUUCGAACACACAAACAUUAACAUGCCCGAAUUUUCACCUGAGGUACCAAAAGAUUGUGCUACACGGAGUUUCAUAUUCCCCAACGCGAAGUUGAACGCGCUUAAGCUCAAAGUCACAAGCAUGACUGAGGGAGGUGGACAAAACCUCAGCAGCCUUACCAGAGUAGAUGUUUUGACUUGGUUACUGUAUAAAUGUGCAGUGGCCGCAGCUACCAAAAAUAAUCCGGGCUCUUUUAAGCCGUCAAGCAUUCUCGUUAUGGCUAACUUAAGAGACAAAAUGAUGGAGCCUUUGCCUGUAAGCUGCAUAGGAAAUUUUGUCAAAGGGUUGGUGGUUCAAACAACGACCGAAAGGGGAAUGAAGCCGGAGUUGUUAAUUGGUGAACUAAGUAAGCUAAAGAUGGGGAUCCGAGGUCUCAAAAACCAUGAAGAUUUUUUUAGUCUUUUAUCGAAUUAUAAGUCCGAUGGGCGUAAAUCAAAAAUUGAGAAUGGUUAUAUUUGUUCAAGCAUAUGUUGGUAUCCUACAUAUGGGAUUAAUUUUGGGUGGGGAGCCCCAAUAAAAGCAACUUUGCCUGGAAAUCUAAGCAAGAAUAGCUUUCUUCUUAUGGAUACUCCAAAGAGGGAGGGUAUUGAAGCAAUUGUGUGUUUGGAAAAACAAGAGAUGGACAUUGUUCAAAGGGACCCUGAACUGCUUGCUUUCUGCACAUAGAGCAAUUGUGUAGAUUAUAUAUGGAUGCCCAAUAAAUUGUUGCAAGUUGUAAGCCAAUAGACCAUUUACUCACCAUGUACUAUGUCAGAUGUCCCGAACUAAAAGUAAACACACUAAAUAUGUACAGAAGUUCAACGGGUUAAUUAAUGAUUGGAU